AUGGGCGAGGUGUAUACUUGGGCUUCCAAGGUAUGGGUUUGGUUGGGUCCUACAUGCCCAAACAUCACGCCAAGGUCGUCUCCAACUCGACACGAGAGUGACUUCAGAGGCGAGAGAAAGGUCAAAAGAGCCAUUAUCGGCUUGAAACGAGCGGCAAAACUCAGAGCCACGCCUCCCGGAAUGCCUUGGAUUGACUCCUCCAUGCAUGGGAAGCAGCAAGGCUAUGGUCCGCGUACCACCUUUCAAGAUGCCCUUCUUGCCUCUCGCUCCCUAGCCAGAGUCUUUGUCCGCCUUUGGCUCCGCGAAACGUUUGCGCAACUCAAAACAUAUUUAAUCAUGUGCUACGCCUGCUUUACGUCCGCUCAUGCCUCGGAUCUCCUCGAAACUAACGACCUCGAAUAUCUCUUGGACAGAGAAUGGCUACACCGCGCCUGGACAUUCCAAGAGAUUAUUCUCGCCAGCAACCCCAUCAUCCUCUGCGGCGACGAGUCCAUCACCUGA